CUCUCACCAUCCAGCACAAGACGAAAGGCGCACUCGUCGAAGAGCAACACUAGCUAUAUAAGGCUAAAAUUAGGAACGGCUAGUGCGUAUUUCCUCCGCUUCGUACAAUUGGUCCAGCUUCCACUGCUGUGAUAUUUAUAAGAUAAGGUCUUCCACCACUCAUACUUGUUGCAUGAGCUUUAAACACAGUGCGAAAGGAACAGAAACCCGAGUUGUAGUUCACUACAACCAACGUUUCUUCGAGGGAUUGCAACUGGUCCCUGCAUCUUGAAUUUUGAUUUGCACUGGGACAACUGGAAAUGGCUUUAAGUGGAACCAUUUUACCGUCAAUUUCGACAUUUUCAGCACAGAAGGAAAAAUGCUGGGAAAACAGGUGGAAGGAUGAUUUGGACAGGUCCAUGCACACCAGCUGCUUGGCUGACAUUUCAAACAUGGACAACCUCUGCAGAUCAACAGAUGACGAAGAUCUUGAUAAAUAUCUGGAUCUGGAGUUUAUUCUGGCCAACACCGCCGGUUCGGACAAUCUCGGACUGGGGUUGGGUGGUGACUACAGAAUGCAAGAGUCCAGAAACAUGUUCAACCCUCCCAGCACCUACUCAGUCCCCGAGAUCAACUCAUCUCCCCUACCGUACAGUACCAGCCUUAUGGCAGAGCUUCUGCAAUCCGAUGUAGACACCUACUGCCAGCCAUCUCUGCCUAACAACAAUCAGGGAAGAUUUCUGGUCAGGUGUGCAUUUCCCAAUCAGGAUAUUUCAGAGUGUAUUAAAGUGGAGCCCUGCAUGGACAGUUAUGGACCUGUUAGGGGAAUGGUUCCCAAAGUCAAACAGGAGGGAAGUGGUGCAUGCAUGCGGUCGUACGAGCAGCCGAGGCUGGCCAACUCUCCACUGGGUGCGGGCAGCAUGACCCCGCCGCAGAGCCCUGCGGAGCUCAUCAACACAGACUGUCAGUCACAGAUGUGCCAUGCAAUGACUUUCACACAGGGUUACCAAGCCAGUGCGGGGUUCCCCCACGCAGCGCCUCCGCAGAUGCAGCUGCCGUACCCAAAUGCACAUCACUUCAGCUUGUGCGACGAGGGGCUCGGGAUGCCCAAUGCCAACCAAAGAGUACUUCUGACACCUCCUUCAUCUCCACUGGAGCUGGACGCCAAACCAAAGAGGGGUAGACGCACCUGGCCAAGGAAACGGACUGCAACUCAUACUUGCACUUUUUCAGGAUGCGGCAAAACGUAUACAAAGAGUUCCCACUUGAAGGCGCAUCACAGAACGCAUACAGGUGAAAAGCCUUACCAUUGCAGCUGGGAAGGUUGCGGCUGGAAGUUUGCCCGCUCCGACGAACUGACCCGCCACUUCCGCAAACACACCGGGCACCGACCCUUCCAGUGCCACCUGUGCGAGCGCGCCUUCUCCAGGUCUGACCAUCUCGCCCUCCAUAUGAAGCGUCAUAUGUAGGAAUGGACUCCAAUAUUUGGACUAAAUGCACUGUACAAUGAACAUCACGGAUGAUGUUUGACGAAAGCAUUUUCUUUACCAUGAACUGACAUGACCUUUUGCUGAAUCCUAUAGCCAUACAGUCUUUUGCAAAGUAGCUGGUUCUACACUUCAAAUCAAGAAAUAUUUUUUAUCCAAAGAGCUUUAAGAAUGCAAAAAAAAAAAAACAAGUUCAACUCAUGUUAGGCUGGACCUAAACCUCAGAUGCAACUGGAAUCAGAGAAUAACAAAAAAGUGUAAGUUAACAUGAUGUUGCUACUAUGAACAUCACGAUAGUGCCUUUUAAUGCAUGUAUACAUCUCACGAGUGCCAAUUUUAAUCUUGGCAUUUUUCAAAAUGUAUGCUAUUAUUUCAUGAAACUAAAUAAGCUUUUAUAAGACAAUGUUUUUUUCUUUUUAAAACUGCCUUAGAAGUUAACAAAGGGGUGUUAACUGAAUGGUUGAAGUAAUUUGUGCAUUUAUUGACAUAAACAAUUUAAAAUCAGGGUCGUUUGGUUGUUUUGUUUUCUUUUGUUUUCCUAACGUAUUCUUACAACUCAUGUUUUUAAUGUGCAUUGCAGACUGUCCCAUGUUCAAAUUACAUGACAAGGGCUAUGUGAGUUCAUCUGGAGCAACCUUUGUAUGACUUGUAUAUAAUUUAUACACUGUACAUAUUGUACUUAAUGUAUAUAUUAAACUUAACUGGGAUAAAA